AUGGAAAUUAAUGUGGGAUCAAGUAGUAGUGGGGUAAAGUCAGUUGAAUUGAGAAGAAAAUUGCACCUAAAGGUUAAGAAAGUUGACACCACUAGCCUGAGAGAGUUAGGAAAAAAGCUGAAGACAGUUCAACAACUCACUUUAGUGAGGAGAUUCGGAAACAUUCUGAGAUUGAUGGAGGUGGAUGUACAAGAAGAUGCCAUAACAGCCCUAGCCCAAUAUUAUGAUUCUCCAUUAAGAUGUUUCACCUUUCAAGACUUUCAGUUGGCUCCAACACUAGAGGAGUUUGAGCAGAUUCUAGACUUGUCUUUGGAAGGUCAGCAGCCAUACCGUCCCUUAGAACACUAUGCAUCCCUCCCAACCAUAGCCAAUGUCUUAAGGAUCCACCCAGCAAAAUUGCAACAAGCUUGUCAAGAGAGACAUCAAAAUAGAGGGUUCACGAGAGAUUUUCUUGAGCGACAUAUACAAAACCUAGCAAGCAAUGAAAAUUGUGAGACUUUUAUGGAUGUUUUAGCACUCACUAUUUAUGGCAUUGUCCUUUUUCCCAAGCAUGAUAACUUUGUGGAUUUAACAUCCAUAGAUGUGUUUCUUGCACCUCAUAUCUUUAAAAGACCAAGUGAGAUCAAAUGCCCUAUCACUGAUUUGUUGAGGUUUCAGAUUGGGACGAAGAGUGGUCAAAAAUGGGCCAACCACCUGGCUAGCUUGAAUGAAGGACACAUUAGGUGGCACACCCCAUGGCAGCAGUCGACGACCAUAGUUUAUCAUUGUGGGAAUUACCCAAAUGUUUCGCUUAUGGGUACUCGAGGGUGCAUCAAUUAUAAUCCAGUUAUGGGGCAACGUCAGCUUGCCUAUCCUAUGAUGGGACCACUUGCCAAGGAAUUGUUGACUCCUUUUGUUUUCUACUAUGAAGAUGAAAAUUUCACUGAGUUAAUCCAAAAAGUAAAGAGUGCAUGGGCAAAGGUUAUUCGAAAAGGAAAAGAGUUAGGUGUGAGGAGUUGUGCGGCAAAAGCAAGUUAUCGUGAGUGGGUUAAUGAAAGGGUCCAAGAUAUUAAGCUACCAUUUAAGGCCCCAGGUACUUCCCAAGAAACUGAAUCAUCUAAUCCAGAACCUAUUGAGGAUGAAGAAGUGAAAGAAUUAAAGGCUUAUGAAGAAGUUUGUAAGAAGCAUAAGUCAGUGCAAAGUCAUGCGUCUAAGGUUCAACGAUGUCUUGAAGCUGCAAGCAAAGAGCUGGGAUUGAGGGUAAAAGAAUGGAAUGUAGCCUUGUAUGAAAAGCGUCAAUUGAAAGGUGCAUUGUACAAAGCCAAAGGAGAUAAACAAGAAGCACUGACCCAAGUAAAUGAGCUUCAGGCGUGA